AUGAAGAUCGUCCGCACCUCCAUAACUCACGCCUGUGUCGCCCAUUUUCUGUGGCCCUACGCAGUUCGGUACGCCACUCACCAGCUGAACCUCUGGCCAAACGUCUCUUGGCCAGAGGUUCGACCAGUCUUUGAAACGGGUCCCUUGGUGCUCCAUCAGGACUCCUCUGACUUCACGUGUUAUCACCCUCCCCUUCACGGGUUUUUUUACUCCUGCGACAUCCGUUUCGACGAGUCCGUCCCCUACUACACCCGGUACCCCUGUCGAGGUCUCCCGGUUCCUCCUCCCCCUCUCUUCCUGACUCCCGCUCCCCCUCCUACUCCUCCGAUACAGCCCCUCCCCCUGGUCCAGACUUGUCAGGUAUGUCACACGCUACCCCCCCCCCUCUCGGUAGCCCCUCAGGUGCCGCCCCCUUCCCCACAGUCCUCCUCACAACCUACAGCAGACCCUGAGGGAGCUGGUGUUCGUAUCGAGGACCCUGGAGGUGAUAGCUCUAGAGGAGACUCUAGUCUUCGGGGAGCUGUUGUUAGUCGAGCUGUCCCUGUGGGUGCUACAACUGGGGGUGCCGAUGAGCACCUUGCUGGACCUAGAGAGCCUGGAGCUGACCAUGUUGAUUCUAGUGGUGCUGGCUCUGGGGGUAGUGCGACUGGUGCUUUGGAGGGCGGUCCUGGAGCUACCACCUUCCCGGACCCUACUCCUCCCCCACACCCCUACUUGACCCGAGUUGGAGUGGCAGCAGCAGGAGCUACGGUAGUUGGAGGAGCAACAACAGCAGCAGCAGCAGCAGCAGCAGCAGCAGCAGGUCCAGCAGCAGCAAUAGCAGCAAUAGCCGCUGCAGGAGGCCCCGCAGCAGCAGCAGCAGCAGCAGCCGCCGCCGCAGCAGGAGCACCAGCAGCUGCCACCUCCGCCUCCUGUCUCUGGCCUUCGGACCCUCGGUCUCCCCUGUCCCUCUCCUCCUUCUUCCCCCUUUCCUCCUGUCUACAGUCCACGGUUCCUCCUCCUGACCCCACCCCAGCUGUUUUCCCCCGUUCUCAGCCUCCGUUGUCCCCUCUUUUUUCUUUCUCACACUUGGGCUUCUCGCUCUCCUCGUGA